AGACAGUGCGUUCCGCGAGGUUGCAAGUUUAGCGACCAAAAAAUUGUUUUCUAUAUCCCGCUGUUACUCGGUAUAUCGCAAUGGCUGAUCAGCUAACAGAGGAGCAGAUUGCCGGUAAGACAGCAUUGUAUUCAUCUGGUCCCUACCCUGACACGUGGCCCACUGUGGCUCCCCCCACCUACCCGGCAUUGGAUUUAUAUUUUUGCCUUUUAAGGCUUUCGUUGGACAAGCUGGUCAUAAAACAAGAAUUAGACAGGCCUUAAGCCCCAGUCUACAGGACUCACUCAUGGAACGUGACACACUUUGCAUUUUUAUGGUUUCCAUGUCACAAAUGAUGUAAUCAGAAAGUGAUCAUAAGGUCCCAUGCCUUGAUCAACUGCCAGACUGUGCUGGCGGCAGCCUUUGACAUGGGUGUGUCCUCUCGCUGUUGAAUGGAAUGCGGCUAGCUAGUUAAUGACAGGAAUGCUGACAAUCGUGCCUUUUCCGCCAGUAAAAAUAAACUCUUGCCGUAAAUGCCGGUAUCAAGGAACUUAAACUGGUGUGCUCUUCUGAGAUUUCCCUGUUGUGGCUCCCCUCCAGGACAGUGAUGAAUCAUGGGGAAGUCAUGCCUCGUUUGUAGUGGUUUUCACUUCACUAGCCACUUAAGUUGACAUGACACGUGUUUUGGUCUUCAGCUUUCAGAAAAUGCUGAUGGAUUUAUUUCAUAGUUGUGUAAAGAGAAGCACAUUUUACUGCUAACUGCUUAGACUCAAAAUAAGGCUGUAGAAAUGGACUGUUAACCUUUUCCUCUUCCCCUGAUACAUGCAUGCGUACUAUGCAUGCAUACAAGUACUGUACUUUUUUCACUAAGUGCUGGCAAUUGUUUUACAGUCAAGGCUAUUAUUGAGCAUGCAAUUUUUAAAUUUCAAACAUUGCCAAAAUGCAACUCGUGGAUCCCUGGUCUAAAUUGUGACUAAUGCUAGCAGUUACAGAUGAGUCUACUGAAGAGGUGGAAUCUAAUAGCAACUAUGAUGUUUUUUUUUUUAAUGACUAUGAAAACCAAUAACAGGACAGACAUGCUGGUAGUGGCAUGAGGAAGUCUGUAUAAAAUUGUUUCUAUGGAUGGAUUUUCACAUGGUCGCCUGUGCAUUUGACUAGGAGGGUUGCUUUACGAGUUGACAUUGAGAAGUAAAAAUGGGUCCUUUAUAAUCGUGGCCACAAGUUAGCAUGUGAUAGCAUUUGAAAUUAUUUGUUGUGUAAUGACUGGGCUUACAAAAGCAGAUUUCACCCCAGUAGGCUUUUUGAGGAGCUACUCGAGCUGUUGGACAAAUCAUAGGCUAUUCCUCUUCAAACUAGGCUCUGUUUGCGUGUGGUAAAUGAAAUGCAUGACCACUAACAAAUACACAUGUGCCAAGUUAAUGCCACAAUUUUGAAAAAUAUGCUGAUAAGCAUGGCUGGUCAAAUGUAUUUUUCAGUGGUUAACACUAACAUCCCUAUUGGUGUAAGCUUUCAAAGUCUAAAUCCUGAUUCAUGGUGUUUGCUGAGGACAUGCUACCUAUCUAGAGCAUCAUUUGAAAAUUGUCAUUUGUAGGCAAGUGUCCCCUGACAUACUGUCUUGUACAGUGUAUUUCAAAGGACUUCACUAACGUUUAGGCUUAUUUUUCUGUUUGGUAUAGUGGAGGCAAUUAGGGUGUUUGUAGACCCAUAAGGAUUUCUUGACAGUGGCAGAAAGUAUUUAUUACCCAAUACCCCUGCAACAAAGACAUUUCCUCUAUCACAAAGUACUUUCAACUGCAGGCCACGUCUUGGUUUUCCCAACUCUGACAAGCUGCUGCAUGCCGCAACUGCUCAACAAAGCUCCUGGCAAACAGCUUGUCAUUCAUUCUGCUUCCUAUCCUCCCGUUGCUGUUUGUUCAUGCCGUCGGUCCUUUGUGUGUAAACAAAUGGCACAGUCGGUGUUGGAACACCCAAACGCUUAUGGUAAUGCAGCUAGCUGGUUUGUCAUCUGGAACAUGAGUGAUGUAUUACGUUUUGGGUGUUGAGCUGACAUGGUUCAGGGUGGGGUGUAUUGAUGCAGAGUUUUCAAGGAGCUGAUAUUUAUUCAGAACAUUCUCCCUGUUAAUGUUGAGUUUAAUAGUGCCUUUUUUCUCUUUCUCCCCCUCAAAGUCUUUGUUUCCUGUGUCACGUCUUCCUCUUGAACUGCCAACAGGUGACCUCACUGUUUGUUUCAUUCUCUCUGCAGAGUUCAAAGAGGCUUUCUCGCUCUUUGAUAAGGAUGGCGACGGCACCAUCACCACCAAAGAGCUGGGAACCGUGAUGCGCUCUCUGGGCCAGAACCCCACAGAGGCUGAGCUGCAGGACAUGAUCAACGAGGUGGACGCUGAUGGUAAUGGAACGAUAGACUUCCCAGAGUUCCUGACCAUGAUGGCGAGAAAGAUGAAGGACACAGACAGCGAGGAGGAGAUCAGAGAAGCGUUCCGUGUCUUUGACAAGGAUGGGAAUGGUUACAUAAGUGCUGCUGAGCUGCGCCAUGUGAUGACAAACCUUGGGGAGAAGCUGACCGAUGAGGAAGUUGAUGAGAUGAUCCGAGAAGCAGACAUUGAUGGAGAUGGCCAGGUCAAUUAUGAAGAGUUCGUACAAAUGAUGACGGCGAAGUGAAGGCCUUGUACAGAUGUUGUAUAAAUAACUUGCCUUUUUUUUCUGUGGAAUUUAUCUGUAAAAUCUUAAUAUCCCCCCCUCCCUGCUGUCCAAAGGAACUGCAUGUAAACUGCAUAGGCUCCGAGUCCCCAUGUCCCUUUCUUUUGCUGUCCUCGUGUUUUGGAGUGACGGUGUGGUUGUUCAAACGGGUGCCUGUCGCAGCCCCAGGGGUUGGCGAGCGCUUAGAAUUGUCACGUCGGCUCCGUUCUGGACGCGUGGCAACAUUGGUGACCUGUCACUUGGGGCAGCUAUGUUGCCAUGGAAAUGGCCUAGAGGAGUAACACUGCAUGGACUACGGACAAAGUGUAUAUGGAAAUCUCUCAGCAUUGCACUACUGCAAAGAAUUUAAAAAAAACUACACAGGUGUAUCUUGUAGGUACACUUAAACUCUUUUUGUAUCUGCUGUUCUUUACCAGAAAAUUACUUUGUUUUAAUCUUACUAUGCUUUUUAAUGUUUUACUCACUACUUUUUUAUGGCCUUUGGCCAUGCUUCAAAUAAUCCAUUCCAAGUUGUAUAUUUUUGUUUUCCAAUAAAAUUUACAAUUUACCCAGAUUUGAAAAUUGUCUUUUCUCAACCGUAAUGGAUUGUUGCUGUUGUGUAAUAGUGAUCUUUUGUAUGAAGGAAAGCUGUUUGUUUUGAUAAACAUUCAUUUAGCAUAGGCCUUGAUAUUUACUAACGUGAUCAGGUAAAUUCCAUGAGCACAGAAUGUCUCAGCCAAUGCCUCUUAACUUUCAGCUAAGCUCUGAUCAAAUUUGUAGUCCUUUAAAAUUAAAUUGACUUGAUGGAUCAAAGGAUUAUAUUUCUAAUAUUAGUUUAUCAAUUUACUGUCCAGGUCUUUUGCUAACUGGCGGCAUUAUCUGAUCAUAUUGGCUUGGUACUAGGCAGAAGUUGACUGCCUUGUGUCUUUGGCACAAGUCUUCAUCACGAGAUGCUUGAAUCGCAGGUAUGCAUGUUGGCACAAAGGCUGUAAAUGGAACAGCGCUCAUUUGUUAAAUGUUGAACUUGUUAAUUUGCAGAGAUGCUAAGUUUGACGAUGAAAUAAAGCUAUUGUGUAACUCA